UUUAUUGUUAUAAUACUAAUAUCGACAGCAUAAUCAUUCUGAAAUCAUUUGAUAGACAAGUCUGCUUCAAUGGUAGAACUGGUUGUAGCACAUGGCAACGCUUCAUAUGCCUUAGACCUCGAGCUAUUUAGAUCUCUCGAUUUUUAGAGCAUGAUUGCCCGACCUCCACAUUUAAAUUGGCGCCCCUUUUCCGAUUAUUCUCAUUCGUUGGUCUAAACGCAAACAAACAAGAAGUGUUUUUCGUAAAUUGUUUUUUAUUUCGAGUGACCUAGAAAAAUGAGUCAAACUGCAGAAGAAACUGCAACAACUGCAGAAAAUGAAGACAAAGAAGACUGUUCUAUGGAAAAACUACAGAUUGACGAAGAAGACGAAAAGAAUUUGUCAGCGGAAGACAUUUUAGGCGGCAACACAUUGAUCAUGUCAGAUAGUGAAGACGACGCAGCAGACUCUGCAGGAGUAGAAUCAACUGCUGAUCAUAUACAGAAGGAAAAUGUGGAAACAACAGAAGCUUAUAAUGAAGAAGAGGAUGAUUUGGUGCGUAAGCCCAGAAAGAAGAUUUCGGCAAUAAUAGACUCGGACAGCGAGUCAGAUAUGGAGUCCAAGGAAGCAGCAACAAAGCAAAACAGUGUCAGAGAGAGGGAGCUAAAUGACAAAGUGGUUCUGAAGCAAAGGAAAAAAAUAUCAGCGCUUAUUGAUACUGAUAGCGAAGAGGAGGCUGCUUCAAAAUUGGUAACGCUAAAUAGUGAAAGUGAGGGGGAGCUAAAAGACAAAGUAGUUCCGAAACAAAGAAAAAAAAUAUCAGCUCUUAUUGAUACGGAUAGUGAGCAGGAGGAUGCGCCAAAACUAGUCACGCCUGUCAAAAAAAAGAGCAAGAGAACUGCGAAAAAGAAGCAACAAAUCCAGGAAAGUGAUGAUGAGAAAACCUCAAUACAAUCAGAAUGCGAUCAAGAGCAAUUGGAAACAGCCAUGAAGAGCAAACUUAAAGAUCUGGUUGACUCUGAGUCGGAUCACAGUAAUGUGGACGAUGAAAUGGACCACGACCAGUCCAACGGUGCUGCACCAGACAAGUCAAAGAAUGCAAAGCCUCUGCGGGCCUCUGCCAAGCAAGCGAUGGACACUAUGCAAGCCAUACAGAGCGAGCAACAGCGACUGCAUCGUGAGGCGCAUAUAAGUGUGCCAUAUCACCAACCCAAACCGCGCACUUUAAAGGAGUUUCUUAACCGGCGUACUAUCAAUCAGCCACUGGAAACAGCAUUGGCUGGUGGUAGCCCAAUGCCGCUUAAGCGAGAGCCUAGAAGAUCGAUGGCAGUGCGCAUGAACAGUGAGGAGCUGCAGGCAUAUGCCAAAUUAAUGGAAGAGCGCGCCAAAGAGGCUACUGAGUUUUUCAAAUCUGACUCGGAGCAAGAUGAUGACGACGAUAGAGAUAAGGAAGAUAUUGACAAGCCAGCUGUGCAAUUGGCUGUAAUAGAAGAUGAAAAGGAACCUGAGCAGCCAGCUUUAACAAUGGAAGAGGUUGAAGAGCUAUUGGGUACUGGCACAGAGCCAGAGCAAGAGUCACUACCAAGCGCACUAGUUGAAGGAUCUCCUAUAAAAGCAUCUUUAGUCACAGAGGUGGUUGAGUUGCCGAGAUUGGAUCUAAGCACCUUAGCCGCAUCACCGUCUGUAAAACCGACAACACCUAGAAUAAGUGAAGCCAUAAGACGUCUAAAAGAUGAAGUAGGCACUGAUGCAAGUCCUUCACUAAGAGGCGAUGCCAACAUGGUUAUUGAUUUGGAGACCGGCGACAUGUUUGCUAAAAAGCCUACAGGUGUGGAUGAUUUACUUCAGCGUCUGAUGAAAACACGCGAAGCCAAAAAACACAAAACUACUGAGACGGUCAACAUUCUAUCUACGUCGCAUGGCAAACUUGAGCUAUCAAAGAUUACAAGACAGUUGCAUGAUGAGGAGCCUGUACAAAAGGAACAGAAACCCGGUGCAGCCUACCUCAAAUUGCAGGAACAGCUCAAAGCUUUAAUCAACAAGAAACGUAUGGAGGAUAUGCGCAAAAAGCAAGUUGAAGAAAUGGAGGAGGAGGAAGUGGAUGAUAUGGACAUAGAUGAAGAAUAUGAACCAGAUGCGAAGCCAGGCAAAAAAGAAUUUGCAGUAAAUGAAGAUGAAGAAAUAGUAGAUGAGUUGCCAGAAGAAACUGCAGAGGAAGAAGAACCUGAUGCCGACAAGGAAACGGAGGACACAGGCGAGGAUGAACAGGAAAAUGAGCUGGAAGCGGAUAAUGACAGCAGUAGCAGCAGUGAAAGUGAGCCUGAGGAACAAGUUGAAGGCAAACGCAAAAGUCGCAUCAUUCGUGCCUUUGAGGACGACAACUCUGAUGAGGAGUUGCUUCAAACCCCUAAGCCGGGCACAACAGCGCCAGUGACCGCCACACAGCUGCAGCUGUCCGAUCAGAAUUUGUUGUUUGAUGCGGAGAGCCAGCGCACGCCCAGCGAUGAUGAAAAUGAACUGCUGGGUCUUUGCUCUGGAAAAUUCUCAGGAACGCAGGGGUCCACAGAAGCGCCUACAGUUGGCGCAAUCAUCAGCCAAAUACCCAUCACACAAGCUGAACCUGCCAGCCAAAUGCCUGAUGAACUAGAGGCGCUCUGCUCAGGCGUAUUUGAAACGCAAAAGCCGGAGCUAGAGAUUGAGCCGGCGAGCAAUAAAAUCUUGUCCAGCGAUGAGGAACAGCAGGCUGAGAAGCCGCGGCAAAAGAAGCUAACAAAGAAGCGACAAAAGAAAAAGGCAAAGCUGGGUUUCUCUGAUGAUGAGGAAAGCGUAGAUGAGGAAGAAGAUGAGGAGCUAUCAGCUGGCGAGCUGGAACCUGUAGAGGAUGUGCCUGAAACAUUUGUGGAUUAUGAUUCCGAAGAGAAUGAAAUUUUAGUUGAAAUGACCAAAAAAGAUCGUAAAAUGCGUGCAGCAAAUUUUGUGGAAAAAGAAGCGGAACUAUCCGAAUCAGAAUGGGGCUCAGCAGAUGAGGAUGAAAAAAAUAUGGAUACAUAUGACAUGGAGCUGGGCGAUGAAGACCAGUUUGAUCGAGAGAAGCUGCAACAUGAACUGGGACAAAUACACGCUCGCAAAAUGCUUGAUCAGGACAUAAGGGAUGUGCGUAAGAUCAAGGAAAUGCUGUUUGAGGAUGAUGAAGGCGCUGUUCGCCAGCGUCAAUUUCGGUGGAAAAAUGCGGAUAAUGCUGGCUUCAGUUUGGAUGAUCAAGGCACGAAUCUAGCUGAUGGAGAAGCCAAUGAAGGCAGUGGGGAUGAGGAGAAUGAGCACCUAUGGCGUAAAGUUCGGUUUGAGCGUGAGCAGCUACUGCUGGAAAAAGGCCUCAAAGCUGAGGCAGCAAACAGCCCGCUGCCUUUAUCGCCAGCAGUGGGAAAUACUAGCAUUGGCGCAGUGCGCAAGAUGACCAUCAUCAGGACCAAAACUACAAAUGUUGAGCUGAAAAAGAAUUCACCAUUUUUGAUCUCAAAGAAUGUCAGCAACGUUCAACAACAACAACGUGCAGUGCGUGGCUCUUUCCUAGUACGAGACAAAGAUACUCUCAACAAACUGGCGGGUAUGACCAAAGGUGCAGCGGGCGAUGUGGAUGGAGCAGCGGGCACUGUUUCCAAAGCCAAAGCCAAAAACUUUGUGUUUGCCACGCUUACAGAGGAAGAGCAUGAGAAUCAAAAACGCAAAGCUGCGGAUUUGCUAAACAGCAGCAGUGAAACGGGCAUUAAUUUUAUGAAGAAGCCACGGCUUGAGCCACGCAGAGAAAAGUGCCUUAUAGAUCAGCUGCUUUAAAUAUUAAUUUUACAAAC